AUUCUGACUGUCUCAGCUUAUUCCCUUUGCUCUCCCCAAGAACUGUUAACCCCAGGUACACUUUGAUUCUGUUUACGCACAUCCUCGCAGAUGGGAUCCUUUCUCAGUCUUUGGAUUUCUCUUUCGGAUCAAAACCACUGCUGAUGGUGCCAGUGGGCUGCCAGGUGUGGGAAGAAUUUUCAGGCUCUGAUGAUGCACUUCAUCGUUUUGUCAUAGGACUUCAUUGACAUAAAGGAAAACGAAAGACUGCAUCCAUGGAGCACAUUCAGGGAGCUUGGAAGACUAUCAGUAAUGGUUUUGGACUCAAGGAUUCUGUCUUCGAUGGCCCAAACUGCAUUUCACCAACCAUUGUCCAGCAGUUUGGUUAUCAGCGCCGAGCAUCUGAUGAUGGCAAAAUAUCAGAUACUUCUAAAACCAGCAAUACCAUUCGAGUUUUCUUGCCCAACAAGCAACGUACAGUGGUAAAUGUGCGAAAUGGGAUGACCUUACAUGAUUGUCUCAUGAAGGCACUUAAAGUAAGAGGUUUGCAGCCAGAAUGCUGUGCAGUUUUUCGUCUUGUUACUGAACCAAAAGGUAAAAAAGUGCGUUUGGAUUGGAACACUGAUGCUGCCUCCUUGAUUGGUGAAGAACUGCAGGUGGACUUUCUUGAUCAUGUUCCACUCACUACACACAAUUUUGCUCGGAAGACAUUUCUAAAGCUUGCUUUCUGUGACAUCUGCCAGAAGUUCCUCCUAAAUGGGUUUCGGUGUCAGACGUGCGGUUAUAAAUUCCACGAGCACUGCAGCACUAAAGUUCCAACCAUGUGUGUCGACUGGAGCAAUAUCAGGCAACUCUUAUUGUUCCCAAAUUCAAAUAUCAGUGACAGUGGUGUCCCUGCACUACCUCCCUUGACAAUGAGACGGAUGCGGGAGUCUGUCUCCCGGAUACCUGUUAGCUCCCAGCACAGGUAUUCUACACCUCAUGUCUUUACAUUCAACACAUCAAAUCCUUCCUCUGAGGGCACCCUUUCCCAAAGACAGCGAUCUACAUCCACACCAAAUGUCCACAUGGUUAGCACUACAAUGCCAGUUGACAGCCGGAUAAUUGAGAAUAACAGCCUGAAUGCUUCUCCCAGUUCCUGGUGCAGACGAUUUUGUUUGAGGGGAAGAGAUGCAAUUCGAAAUCAUAGUGAAUCAGCUUCACCCUCUGCUCUGUCUGGAAGUCCUAACAAUAUGAGCCCGACUGGCUGGUCUCAGCCCAAAACCCCAGUCCCAGCCCAGAGAGAGCGAGCCCCUGGGACAAAUACACAAGAAAAAAACAAAAUUAGGCCUCGUGGACAAAGAGAUUCUAGUUAUUACUGGGAAAUAGAAGCAAGUGAAGUCAUGCUUUCUACCAGAAUAGGGUCAGGUUCUUUUGGAACUGUUUACAAGGGCAAAUGGCAUGGGGAUGUAGCAGUGAAAAUACUAAAAGUUGUAGAUCCAACCCCAGAACAGUUUCAGGCUUUCAGAAAUGAAGUGGCUGUAUUAAGGAAGACUCGGCAUGUUAAUAUUUUGCUCUUCAUGGGCUACAUGACUAAAGAUAACCUGGCCAUUGUCACACAGUGGUGUGAAGGCAGCAGUCUGUAUAAACACCUGCACGUUCAAGAGACCAAGUUCCAAAUGUUCCAGCUCAUUGACAUUGCUCGGCAGACAGCACAGGGAAUGGACUAUUUACAUGCAAAGAAUAUCAUCCACAGGGACAUGAAAUCCAAUAAUAUAUUUCUUCAUGAAGGCCUCACAGUGAAAAUAGGAGACUUUGGUCUAGCAACUGUAAAAUCCAGGUGGAGUGGAUCGCAACAGGUGGAGCAACCCACUGGUUCCAUUUUGUGGAUGGCACCAGAAGUGAUACGGAUGCAAGACAGUAAUCCGUUCAGUUUCCAGUCAGAUGUCUACUCCUAUGGAAUAGUACUGUAUGAGCUAAUGACAGGAGAGCUGCCAUACUCCCACAUAAACAACCGCGACCAGAUUAUUUUCAUGGUUGGCCGAGGAUAUGCUUCUCCAGACCUCAGCAAGUUGUACAAGAACUGCCCCAAAGCAAUGAAGAGGCUUGUAGCAGAUUGUUUGAAGAAAGUUAGGGAAGAAAGACCUUUGUUUCCGCAAAUACUGUCUUCCAUUGAAUUGCUGCAACAUUCUUUACCCAAAAUCAACCGGAGCGCUUCCGAACCAUCUCUGCACCGCGCAUCCCAUACAGAGGACAUAAAUUCUUGCACGUUAACAUCCACAAGACUGCCUGUUUUUUAGGAUUGUGCUCCCCUUCCCUUAAUCUCUCCAGUGACGGGAAA